AUGUCAUCAUUGACUUCUUUAAACCUGGAACUUUAUGAAGUCCAGUCAAAAAGAUGGCCUGCUUCGGGCCGUCACAUUAUGGCACAAUAUGACGAAUCUACAAUUACUGUUUAUCAAGCAUUUAAACCUUCCAUUGCCCAUUAUGCUAGAAUGACGUGGAUAAAGCCUAACUUUGCUUGGAUGAUGUAUAGGUCUGGAUGGGCUACAAAAAAAGACCAAGAAAGAAUUUUGGCCAUCAAAAUAACUCUUCAAGGAUUUCAAACAAUUCUUUCAAAUGCAGUCGCUUCAUCAUAUGGGCAAUCUAGAAAUAUCUUUGCUAGCGAAGAAGAAUGGAAUGUAGCAUUAAAAACUUCAGAUAUUAGAUUACAAUGGGAUCCUGACCAUGAUUUAAUUGGAGGAAAACUAAAUCGUAGAGCAAUUCAAUUAGGUAUUCGUAAAAAGUUCUUGGAUCAAUAUUCUAAUGAAUGGAUUCAAAGCAUUGAAGAUAUUACUGAGUUUGUUAAAGAGCAACAUAAAUUAGUGGUAGAGGAAAAAUUUGAUCAAGUUAUGACACCUUUUGAAAUGGUUUAUGAUGUUUCAAAAGAGCUAAGAGAAAGAAUUGGUUUGGAUAUU